UACUCAACAAAAAAAUUACUCAAAGCUUUUGAUCUAGGCUAUGAGAAGAUUCAUGCGUGUGUGAAUGAUUGUUGUUUAUUUAGAAAGGAUCUAGAGCACAAGGAAACUUGUCCGAAAUGUGGCGCCUCUCGAUGGAAAGUUAAUAAGCGCACCCAAAAGAUUGAGAAAGGAGUUCCUGCUAAGGUCUUGAGGUAUUUUCCAAUUAUCCCUAGAUUUAGGAGAAUGUUUAGGGAUGCUGAAAAGGCAGAACAACUUACUUGGCAUGAAACUCACAAGAGUCAAGAUGGCAAAAUGCGGCAUCCUGUUGACUCGCUUGCAUGGAAGAAGAUUGAUAGUAAGUGGCCUGAAUUUGCAAAAGAUCCUCGUAACCUUAGACUCGGUCUUUCAUCAGACGGAUUUAAUCCAUUUGGUGAUCUUAGUUCUAGAUAUAGUUGCUGGCCUGUGGUCUUGGUUGCAUAUAACCUCCCUCCCUCUUUGUGCAUGUCCAAGGAAAAUUUGAUGCUAACAUUGCUCAUCCCAGGUCCUAAGCAACCUGGGAAUGACAUAGAUGUGUAUUUAGAACCACUCAUUGAAGAUCUGAGAGAACUAUGGAUCAAUGGGGUAAGUGCUUACGAUGCAUUUACUAAGUCUGUAUUCAAUUUGAAAGCUGUAUUGAUGUGGACAAUAAAUGAUUUCCCUGCUUAUGGAAAUCUGUCCGGGUAUUCAACAAAGGGAAAGAAAGCAUGUCCGGUAUGUGGUGUUCAAACAUCCUCUAAAUGGCUGCCAAAUGGACGAAAACAUGUGUACAUGUGCCAUAGGAGAUUUCUUGCACAUGAUCAUCCUUAUCGGCAGAAUAAGACUUGGUUUGAUGGUACCGUUGAAGAUAGAGUGAGGCCUAGAAAGCUGACUGGUUCAGAAGUAUUUCAGGUGGUGAAGAAUAUUAAAAAUGAUUGGGGUAAGAAGAAUAAAGUUUGCAGCAGAAAAAAGAAAAAAAAAGUUGACAGAGAUCAAGGUAGAAAAAGGAAGAGAAAUGAAGGUGAAAGAUGGGUUGUGAACGAAGGGGUUGAUGAUUAUGUUGAUGAUGUUGAUGGUAGUGGUGAUGACGAUGAUGGUGACGAUCCUACAAAACUUUCAAAAAGAUGGAAGAAGAAAUCAAUAUUCUUUGAGUUGCCAUAUUGGGAGACUUUAUUAUUACGGCACAACUUGGACAUGAUGCAUAUUGAGAAAAACAUUUGUGAGAGCAUCAUUGGAACCUUAUUGAACAUGAAGGGAAAGACAAAGGACAACUUAAAUUCACGCAAGGACUUAAAAGUGAUGGGGAUUCGAAAAAAGUUGCACCCAAAACAAGAUGGUUCCAGCAAAUCUAAAAGUGAUAAAGCACCUUACGUGCUCUCAAAGGCAGAGAAGAAAAUAUUUUGUAGAAGGCUAGCAAAGUUAAGAUUGCCGGACGGUUAUUGUUCUAACCUUGCAAACCGUGUCUCCAUACAAGACAACAAGAUUAUGGGUUUGAAGUCACACGAUUGUCAUGUUCUGGUACAACAAAUUCUAGCUGUAGCUUUAAAAGGACUUCUUCCUAAAGGACCAAGGAUUGCUAUAUUCCGCUUCUGUGCUUUUUUCCAUCAAUUAUGUCAAAGAGAGAUUGAGAAGAAAAAAAUAGGUCUGCUUGAUGAUGAUAUUGCUGAGACUCUAUGCAUGCUUGAAAGGUUCUUUCCUCCGUCUUUUUUUGAUAUUAUGGUUCAUCUACCGAUUCAUCUUGCACAAGAGGCUCUUAUCGGUGGUCCUGUACAUUAUCGUUGGAUGUACCCUUUUGAAAGGUUUAUGAAGGAUCUAAAAGGAUAUGUCAAGAAUCGGUCAAACCCUGAAGGAUGUAUAGCAGAAAAAUAUUUGGCUGAAGAGAUAACACAUUUUUGUACCGGAUACAUUAAAGAAGCAGCUGAGAUAGGUGUUCAAACAAGACGCAAUGAGUCUCUUGAGGAUGAAACAAUAUUGGAAGGGCGACCACUUGGCAAGGGGAAACAAAAAGCAAUAAGUUCUUCUAUGUUAGAGAUCGCUCAUCAAUUUGUAUGGACAAAUACUACAGAAGUAGACCCAUGGAGAGAAAUGCACAAGGAAGAACUGAAGUGUUUAGAUUCACAUCUUGAAGAUAAUGAAAGCCUUUUAGAAAAGAGACAUAUGAGUAGUUUCAGUGGAUGGUUAGCUGAUAAAGUUAAGUUUGGCGAUUGUAGUAAUAUGUCUGAUAUAGUGAGGUGGCUUGCUUGUCGGCCUAAGCAAUAUGUGGUGUCCCAUUCAGGCUUCAUUAUUAAUGGGAACCGAUUUCAUACAGAGACUACUGAGAAGAGCGCACAAAACAGUGGGGUGUCCGUUGAAGCGGACACAAUGUGUCGAGCAAGUGCAAGAGAUAAUUCACAAAAGUUGGACAGAGUGUCAUAUUAUGGUGUUAUAAGAGAUAUAAUUUUGCUAGACUAUCGCAAAUUUAAGGUUCCACUCUUUGAUUGUUAUUGGGCAAACAUAGGGACUGGUGUCAAAGUUGAAGAUGGUUUCACAUUGGUUAACCUCCACAAGGGGCAUCAUCAAUUUGACCGAGAUCCCUUUAUUUUUGCAUCACAAGCAAAACAAGUUUUUUAUUCAAGAGAGAGUGAUAUGUCAAAUUGGCAUGUUGUACUUAGAGCACCGCCUAGAGGUUUUUUUGAGAAUGAUUGUGUUGAUGAGAUUGCUUAUAUGCCAGUAGAUGUAUCACAACUAGACCUAGAUCUUGAGGAUGAAGAAUGUUAUAGAUACAAUAAUGAGGAAAUCUAUUCGAGUGAAGGUGACUCUGACUGACCUAUUUCGGCAAAGCAUCAGCACAAGUUAUUUG